AUGUCUGAAAGAGUUAAAGUAGCAGUUCGACUUCGUCCUUUAAUUGAAGAGGAAUUAAUUUGUAAAGAUAAAUCCAUUUGUGUUGAAACUAUCGAUCCAAAUAAAAAAUUGAUCAUAAGUAAAUAUUUCUAUAUAUAUAUAUUAGUCAAGAAGGAUUUUGAGAAAAGAUAAUUUCAAUUUGAUACAAUUUUUGAUUCAAAAGCAUCUUAAAAUUAGGUUUACAAUGAUAUAGCAAAAGGAGUUGUUGGAGUAUACUUAUAAUAAUCUAUAAUAAAUUUAGAGUGUAAUCAAAGGCUUUAAUGGUACUAUAUUUUGUUAUGGUCAAACUGGAACAGGUAAAACAUACACCAUGAUGGGUAAACUGGAUUCUGAUGAGAAGGGUAUCACUCCACGUACUUUUGAAUAAAUAUUUAAUGAAAUUCAAGCAGACACUAAUAACAUAUACACUGUGUAAUUGGGUUAUUUGUAAAUAUAUAUGGAAAUGGUAUUGUUUAGAUAAUAAAUUUAGUUACUUGAUUUAAUAAGACCUGAUAAUUAAGAUGUGAAAAUAAGAGAAUGUCCAGAUAAUGGUGUAUUUGUAUCAGGAUUAGAAUGGAUGGAAGUUGAAUCUCCUUAAGAAUGUCUAAGUAUUAUGAAUUUUGCAGAAAAAAAUAAAGUAGUUGCAUUCACUAAUUUAAAUGCUCAUUCAUCUAGAUCUCAUUCUAUGCUUGUAAUCAAAGUAGAGAAGAGAUAAUCUAAAUAACAUUCAAGAUCUAUGACUAUUUCAAAAAAACCAAGUUCCAAAUUAUAAAAUUAUUCUUAAGAUAUGAUAACAGAAACUGAUGAAAGUAUAUUAUAAUCAGGUAAUUGUGUUGGAACAUUAUAUCUUGUUGAUUUAGCAGGAAGUGAAAGAAUCAAAAAAUCAAGAGCUACAGGAGAUCGUCUUAGUGAAGCUAGAUCUAUCAAUUAUUCACUUACAGCAUUAGGAAAAUGUAUUCAUGCAUUGACUGGUCCAAAAUCUACAUUUGUUCCAUUUAGAGAUUCUAAAUUAACUAGAAUUCUAUAAGAUGCUCUUGGUGGUAAUUGUAAAACUGCAUUAAUUGUGAAUAUUGGUCCUGCUGGUAGACAUGUUGAAGAAACUCUAUCUAGUCUUACUUUUGGAAUGAGAGCUAUGAAAGUUACAAAUACUCCAUAAAUUAAUUAAAAUGUUGAUUAUGAAGUAAGAAUUAAUACAUAUUAUUUAUAGUAAUUAAGUUUAUAACUAAAAAUGGAAAUUGAAAUGAAAGAUGAAAUCAUAUAAAAAUUGGAAUAAUAAUAAAUCAAAUAUCUCUAAUAAGUAAGAAUGGAAUCUAGUAACAGUAAUCUUAGUAGUUCAGAUCAUCAAUAUAAAGCUAAAUUAGAAAAAGCUGAAGAAGAACAUAAAGCAUUUUUAGAAGAAAUUGACAAUAUGAUGGUAGAAUAAGAAUAAGAAAAUGAAGAACUUAAAAAACAAUUAGGUUAAGUUAUGUAAGAAUUGGAAGAUUACAAAAAUAGAGAACAAUCUUUGGAAUAAGAAAUAGAAGAGUUUAAGAAUGUUUAAUAGUAAUUAGAGAAUGAAUUAGAGGAAGCUUUAACAAAUGUAAUACAAUUUUAUUAAUAUAAUAGAAGAAUGAAUUUGCAGAUACUAUUAAUUAAUUACAAUAGAAAUUAGAAAUGAAGGAUAAAGAAAUUUAAGAACUUAAAUAAUCUUCUUACUUAUCUACCAAAAAUAAUGAUGUAAUUAAAAUAUCAAAGGAAAAAUAAAAUUAAAUGUGGAGAUCAGAAUUAUAAUAGAUUACAUCAUAAUAUGCAAAUAAAUUAGAAGAAGUAAAAAGAUUAGAAUUUUAAUAAUAAGAAAAAGAAAAUAAUAAUAUAGUAGAAUAUAGAUAACGAAAUGAGGAACUUAUUUUAUAAGUUAAAUAAUACAAAUAUGAAUUAUCUUAAUGGAAAGAAUAAGAGUAAUAAUUAAUAUAUAGUAAUUAAUAACUUGAUGAAUAUAUACAAAAAUAAAAAGAAGUAUUUUAAUAAGAAUAAUCUUAAUUAUUAAUUUAAAUUAAAGAUCUUGAAACAAUCAAUAAUGAAAUUACAAAAAGGCUUGAAUAAAAUGAAAUCAAAUUAAAAAAGUAAUAAGAACAUUAAUAAUAAAAUGAAUUUACCUAUUAACAAGAAUUAGAUACAAAAAAUGAACAUCUUAAUAAAAUUUAAGUAGAAUAUUUUGAAAUUUAAAAAUAAAUUACUCUAAUUAAAGAAUNAUCAGGUAAUUGUGUUGGAACAUUAUAUCUUGUUGAUUUAGCAGGAAGUGAAAGAAUCAAAAAAUCAAGAGCUACAGGAGAUCGUCUUAGUGAAGCUAGAUCUAUCAAUUAUUCACUUACAGCAUUAGGAAAAUGUAUUCAUGCUUUGACUGGUCCAAAAUCUACAUUUGUUCCAUUUAGAGAUUCUAAAUUAACUAGAAUUCUAUAAGAUGCUCUUGGUGGUAAUUGUAAAACUGCAUUAAUUGUGAAUAUUGGUCCUGCUGGUAGACAUGUUGAAGAAACUCUAUCUAGUCUUACUUUUGGAAUGAGAGCUAUGAAAGUUACAAAUACUCCAUAAAUUAAUUAAAAUGUAGAUUAUGAAGUAAGAAUUAAUACAUAUUAUUUAUAGUAAUUAAGUUUAUAACUAAAAAUGGAAAUUGAAAUGAAAGAUGAGAUUAUAUAAAAAUUAGAAUAAUAAUAAGUCAAAUUGCUUUAAUAGGUUAGAAUGGAAUCCAGUAAUAGUAAUCUUAGUAGUUCAGAACAUUAAUAUAAAGUUAAAUUAGAAAAAGCUGAAGAAGAACAUAAAGCAUUUCUUGAAGAAAUUGAUAAUAUGAUGGUAGAAUAAGAAUAAGAAAAUGAAGAAUUAAAAAAACAAUUGGCUCAUGUCAUGUUAGAAUUAGAAGAUUCUAAAAAUAGGGAACAAAGUUUAGAAUAAGAAAUAGAAGAGUUUAAAAAUGUACAAUAGUAAUUAGAGAAUGAAUUAGAAGAAGCUUUAACAAAUGUAAUAAAUUUAUAUUAAUAAAAUAGAAAAAUGAAUUGUCUGAUACUAUUAAUCAAUUACAAUAGAAAUUAGAAAUGAAGGAUAGAGAAAUUUAAGAAUUAAAGUAAUCUACUGUUUUAUCAACUAAAAAUAAUGAUAUCAUUAAAAUAUCAAAAGAAAAAUAAAAUUAAAUGUGGAGAUCUGAAUUAUAAUAGAUAACUUCAUAAUAUGCAAAUAAAUUAGAAGAAGUAAAAAGGUUAGAGUUUUAAUAAUAAGAAAAAGAAAAUAAUAAUAUAUUAGAAUAUAGAUAAAGAAAUGAAGAACUUAUUUUAUAAGUUAAAUAAUAUAAAUAUGAAUUAUCUUAAUGGAAAGAAUAAGAGUAAUAAUUAAUAUUAAGUAAUUAACAACUUGAUGAAUGUAUACAAGAAUAAAAAGUAGUAUUCUAAUAAGAGUAAUCUAAACUAUAAAUUUAAAUUAAAGAUCUAGAAACAGUCAAUAAUGAAAUUACUAAAAGACUUGAAUAAUAUGAAAUUAAAUUAAAAAAAUAAAAGGAACAUUAAGAAUAGAAUGAAUUUGUAUAUCAAUAAGAAUUAUAAAUGAAAAAUGAACAUCUUAAUAAAGUAUAAAUAGAAUAUCAAGAAAUCUAAAAAUAAAUUAAUUUAAUUAAAGAUUAAUAUUCUACUAUAUAGACUAUUAAUUAAUAAAAACUUAAGUAAUUGAAUCAUGAAAAUUAAAUGCUUAUUAAUAAAAAUGCUGAUUAUUAAUUAUAAGUCUAAUAAUUAAUUGAAAAACAUAAUGAACUUUUAGUAUAAAUAUAAUAAGGCAAAAAUUCACAAUAUAAUAAUUACAAUUAAUAUAUAAAUAAUUCUAAAUAUGAAUACUAAACAAAUUAAUCAUAUGUAAAUGAACAAAAUUUUGAUAUUGAAUUGAAAAAAUCAAUUACUGUUUCUGGUGUUAAUGAAGGUUAAAUAGUUUAUGAAAUGUAAUUUAGAAUUUAAUAAUUAGAAGAUUAUAUUGAUUAAUUAUAAUCUUAAUUAAAAUAAAAAGAAAAUAUAAUUGAAGAACUUUAAUUAAAAGGUUCUCAAUCAUAAAAAGAGGCAGAUAAACUUAAAUUAUAAUUGGAAUCAUUUUCUAAAAGAUCUUAAUAAUCAUUAUAAAGAAUGGAAGAAACAAUGUGUUAAGAAGUUGUAAGAAGUGUAUUAGAAAAAAUGAUAUUUUAAGUAGAAUUAAAUUCUUUUGAAUCAGAUGAUAUUAGUAGUCGUGCUCCAGAUAGUGAUCUGAAAUUAUAAAUGAAAUCAUUUUCUAAAUAAGAUAAUGCUUAAUUAGUUGAAAGCUUAUUUAUAAAUUCUAGAAGAAGUUAACAUAAUGCAAUUGUUGAAUGUGAUGAAGAAGAAGAUAAUUCAUCAGAAAUUGAUUAUUAAUUACCAAAAUUUAGUUAAUCUGGCAAAAAGAUAUAAUAAAAAUUAAGAAUGUCAAAAAGUAGAUAAGAUUCAGUAUUCUCAUUUAGUGAAAAAUAAUAAAAAAAAGAAUCUGUAUCUCUUUAUGAUGAUUUAAGUGAAAUUAAUUAAUAAUUUGAUGCAUAAAGUCCAAGAUCAUAAUUAGAUGAGAUAUAAUUUUAAAUUGAUUUUAAUGAUGCAAAUGCAGUAGAUAAAUUUAUGUCAUAAAUCAAAAAAAAAUAAGUGUCUCUACUUCAAAAUAAUGAUUUAUCUGUAGGUUCAAUAUAAUAAGCACAAAGUCCAUAAUAUAUAGAAAGUUUAAGUGAAAAAAAAUAAAAAUCAAAUUCGAAGUAAAUAUUAUUUUUAUAAUAGAAUUGCAAAUGAUGAAUUAUAAGAAGUUAUUAAAGUGAUGGCAUAAAUGUUAGUUGAAAAAAGUAAGACUGAAUAUACAGUAACUAGUAAUACAAUGGAAACUUUAAGAGCUUCGUUAUUAGAUUUUAAUAAUUUAUGCAACACUUUAACAACCUAUUUUUUGUGA